UCUCCCCUUUUUCCUACCUUCUUUCUUUCUAACACUGCAUCUCUCCUUCUCCUUUCUCCUUUCUCCUUUCUCCAUUCUCCUUUCUCCAUCUCAAUCCACAUCCUUCCCCUUCCCUUCCCUUCCCUUCUCUGCCUUUUCAUUCCCUCCUAAUUAGUUUUCAGGAUAUACUUCUUUUGAUGGAAGACUUAAAGAUAGGAUGUGUGCUAAAACUGCUGAUCAAUGAAUUUUCUCAAAUCUGAUUUGUUUUAAUUGAGUUCUUUGUUAGUCCUGAUGGCCUCAAAGUCGAAUUUGAGACCUUCUGCAAAGCAACCUACGGGGAUUACCGGCGUUAAAGGGACUGAUGUGAGUGUUCUAAAGUCCUUACCUUCACAGACUUCAUUAGGAAACAAAAUUGGUUCUGUUGUCUCUGGAGAUGUAUUGAACUACACACAGAAAUCCUUGAAUCAGUCUACUUUGAUUGAUUCAUCAAAUAGCAAAUCCUCAAGUUUAAAUCAUAAAGAGUCUACUGAGUCUUGUAAUCAGAUAAUUAAAGAAAAUUCCUCAAAGUCUGACGCUAAGACAGAAGGUCUUAACGGGACUCAGGGCUUAGCGGAGGACUCUAUAGAUUCCAAGAAGAAAAUAUCAGAAUGUGGGAGUGGGAAGGAUAGUUCAGUUUCUGCCAAAGUCAGUGAUGGAACAAACAGUAUUUCCAAGACGAGUGGAAGUGCAAAAAUUAGUGACCGCAUUGAGAUGGUUGAGAGUGGCAAGAGCAGCAUGUGUCGUGGAAGCACAAGCAGCGACAUCAGUGACGAAAGUACUUGUAGCAGCUUUAGUAGUAGUAUCAGUAAGCCUCACAAAGCAAAUGACUUGAGAUGGGAGGCCAUCCAAGCUGUACGUGCAAGGGACGGGAUAUUGGGAUUAGGUCAUUUUAGACUAUUGAAAAGACUGGGAUGUGGGGAUAUCGGAAGCGUCUACCUGUCAGAGUUGAGUGGUACUAAAUGUUAUUUUGCUAUGAAGGUCAUGGACAAAGGGUCUCUAGCAAGUCGAAAGAAGUUGCUUCGAGCUCAGACUGAAAGAGAAAUAUUGCAAUCUCUUGAUCAUCCAUUCCUUCCUACAUUAUAUACUCAUUUUGAGACUGAUAAAUUUUCAUGCUUAGUGAUGGAGUUUUGCCCUGGGGGAGACUUGCACACUCUAAGGCAGAGGCAGCCAGGGAAGCAUUUUACCGAACAGGCAGUGAAAUUUUAUGUAGCAGAGGUCCUCUUAGCACUCGAGUAUCUUCAUAUGCUUGGGAUUGUAUACCGGGACCUUAAGCCUGAGAAUGUUCUUGUGAGGGAAGAUGGACAUAUAAUGCUUUCAGACUUCGAUCUUUCACUAAGAUGUGCAGUUAGUCCAACAUUGGUGAAGGGCUCAUGUUCCGAGUCUGAACCUUUGAGAAAGAAUUCAACUUAUUGUGUUCAACCGGCUUGUAUUGAACCUUCCUGCAUCCAGCCCUCCUGUGUAGUUCCCACGACAUGCUUCACUCCCCGACUUUUCUCUAGCAAGUCGAAGAAGGAUAGAAAACCCAAGACUGAAAUAGGAAAUCAGGUAACGCCUUUGCCAGAGCUCAUUGCAGAGCCUACCGAGGCGAGGUCAAUGUCAUUUGUUGGUACACAUGAAUAUUUGGCACCAGAGAUCAUUAAAGGCGAAGGUCAUGGAAGUGCUGUUGACUGGUGGACUUUUGGAAUCUUCCUAUAUGAACUGUUGUUUGGUAAAACUCCUUUUAAGGGAUCUGGGAAUCGAGCCACGUUGUUCAACGUCGUUGGUCAGCCUUUGCGGUUUCCUGAAUCACCAGUUGUCAGUUUUGCUGCAAGGGAUCUCAUCAGGGGAUUGCUUGUCAAGGAACCACAGCAUAGAUUAGCUUACAAACGAGGGGCUACUGAGAUCAAACAACAUCCUUUCUUUGAAGGUGUUAACUGGGCACUGAUACGUUGCGCUUCACCACCAGAAGUACCAAAGCCUGUUGAGAUUGAGAGGAUACCCUCACCAGCACCUCCAGUCAGUGGAAAAGCUAUAAUGGCUAGACCUGGCCCCGAUUCCAAAUCAUCUGAUAAUUAUCUGGAGUUUGAUUUCUUUUAGUAGUAUGGUACACACGACAAGUGCUCUCUUCUCAGAAGAUGGGUUUGAAUCAUUCUGCUUGUUCAUGGUGACAUCGAAGUUCAGUUAUUGAUAGAUGGGUUGAUGAAUUGUACUUGUUUUUGCCUGUCAACAAUUUCAAUUUCACUUUGCAUAAGUUAUUGUAUGUACUUUUUGUCAUCUAAAGCUUGAGAAUAGUUCCCUGGGAAGUGAAUCCAAGGGUGUCUAUUAACGUAA